AUGCGCUACGGCGAAGCAGCCGACGAAGACAACGACGUCCAAGAUGCCAACAACGAAUUAAUGGACAAGGUCAUUGAAGAGGCUGGUGAUGAAGCGUUCCGCGUGUUGACAAACUUCACUCCAAACGAAUUCGACAUCAUCUGGGCCAACAAAGUCCAAGAUGACGCCCAAGGAUGUUUUACCCUGACUGUUCUCAAACACUACCAGUCCUGGGAGAAGCAUGCCGUUGAUUUCGACCUGAAAGCGCCAACGUUGGAGAAGAUCGUCGUCAAAGUUGUGUAA